CACCACUUUCAUGACGCACAGUGGGAAUCCAGCUCGCUGUGUAUUAGGUGGUGUCUUUGAGCUAACGUUAGCCUCGCUUGCUGGCCCAGAAGCCACCCAGGACAAACAGUUUAAAUCUGACCACGACCUCCUCGCGUGCUUAAUAUCCCUGAACCCACGGACAAAGUAAUUACUCCAGCAGCAGACAGCCAGCGGUAACCAGUACACGUUGACCAUUAACGUGAGCUAACGACUGGUGUUCGCCCUUAGCUCGCUAGCGUUCAGCUGUUUAGCUGUCACCACUGAAGCAACGUUACACGGGAGAAUAUGUGAGCUCGUGUAGCUAACAGCUAUACCAGAACUGUUGAACAUACUCACAAACUCCACUCAACAUCUGAAGAUAAAUACUGUAGAUGCCUUGGCUGAGAUGAGUGUGAAGGCUUUUGAGCUAGUCCCCGCUGUGGAGAGAGAUCUCCUCAUGGGCGACAAGGCUCGCAUCAACAUCGAGUGCAUUGAAUGCUGUGGAAAACACUUGUACAUGGGUACCAAUGACUGCUUCAUCCACCACUUCCUACUGGACGAGGUCACUUCCUCCAAAGGGAAACUGAGUUACUCGGCUCAGAAGCUGCUGCACAAAUAUAUGGGCCUCAAGAAACCAGUUGCUGAGCUGCGCGCCGCCUCUGCUUUGGAGCGUCUGAUAGUGCUUUGUGAUGGAAUAGUCUUCCUGGUCGACAUGGUGACACUGGAGACCGUGCCCUCGGCGGCAGGAGGUGGAGCCAAGAUCAGAGGCGUGACAUCAUUCUGCAUUAACGAGAACCCUGUGAACGGUGACCCGUUCUGUGUGGAAAUGGGUGUGCUCUCCUCCAAGCGCCGUACGGUGCAGAUUUACAUGGUGUAUGAGGACCGAGUGCAGCUGGUCAAAGAGGUGACCACUCCUGAGCAGCCGUGUGCCGUCAGUGUUGAUGGUUACUUCUUGUGCCUGGCCCUCACUUCACAGUACAUGAUUCUGAACUACAACACAGGAGCCUCCCAAGAUCUCUUCCCUUACAACAGUGAAGAGAGGAGACCCAUUGUGAAGCGGAUCGGCAGGGAGGAGUUCCUCUUAGCAGCACAUGGUGGUCUGGGAAUGUUUGCCAAUGCAGAAGGGGUCUCUCAGCGGGCUCCAGUCAACUGGUCAGAGAGCGUGAUUGGUGCCGCUGUGUGUUUUCCGUACGUGGUUGCUUUGGAUGAAAGCUUCAUCACCAUCCACAGCAUGUUGGACCAACAGCUAAAACAAACUCUUUCAUUCAGGGAUGGACACAUUCUGCAAGACUUUGAAGGAAAGGUAAUUCUGGCUUCCACUAAGGCAGUGUAUGUCCUGGUGCCGCUGCCCCUGGAGAGACAGAUCCAGGACUUACUGGCCAAUCACAAGGUUGAGGAGGCGCUCAUCCUCACAGAGGGAGCACAGCAAAAUAUUCCCAAAGAAAAGUUCCAGAUUUUGCACAAAAGGAUCCUGCAGCAGGCAGGUUUCAUACAGUUUGGCCAACUUCAGUUUCUAGAAGCAAAAGAACACUUCAGGAAGGGUCAGCUGGAUGUGCGGGAGUUGAUAUCUCUCUACCCUCUGCUGCUGCCAGCGUCCUCUUCAUUCACACGCUGCCACCCUCCCCUCCAUGAGUUUGCAGAUCUCAACCACCUGGCACAGGGCGACGAGGAAAAAGUGCUGCGAUGCAAGAAGUUCUUAAUCACUUAUUUGGGAGAGGUACGAAGCACAGAGGUGGCCAAUGGCUGCAGAGAGGACGUGGACACUGCACUAUUAAAGCUGUACGCUGAACAGAAUCAUGACAGCCUUCUAGACCUGCUCGCUUCAGACAACGCCUGCCUAGUCGCAGACAGCAUCCCAUGGCUGGAGAAAUAUCAUAAAUAUUUUGCACUUGGGCUGCUCUAUCAUUAUAAUGGUCAGGAUUCAGCAGCACUUCAGCUGUGGAUUCAAGUGGCAGAUGGGGAUCUGCAGGACUCCACAAGAGCUGACCUCUACGAGUACAUUGUGGACUUCCUCUGCUCUUCCUCCAAUCUGGACCUUGUGUGGAAGUAUGCAGACUGGGCCUUGCGGAAGGAUCCCACCAUGGGUGUCAACAUCUUUAGGAAGAGGCCUGCCAGUAAAGAGCUGCUGGAACUGAACCCUGAUGAUGUUGUCUCUUACCUGGGAAAGCACAGCCAGGCGCUGCUUCUCUACCUGGAACACCUGGUGCUGGAGAGAUGGAUAAAGAAAGAGAAGUUCCACACACACCUGGCCGUGUUGUACCUGGAGAGGGUCUUGACACUGUUGUCGCAGUCACCAACAGAUGAAGAACAGAUCUCCAGAGCUCGAGAGAGGCUCCAAACUCUGUUCAGGGUGUCCAACCUUUACCGUGCGCAGUUUCUUUUAGGUAAGAUGGAGAACUGUGAACAACUGCUGCUAGAACGUGCAACACUACAUGGAAAACUGGAGGAGCAUGAUAAAGCACUGCAUAUAUUGGUGCACAAGCUGAGAGACUUCCCAGCUGCUGAGGCCUUCUGUGUAUGGGCCUCUUCUUGCCGGGAUUCGGUGUACCGAGAGCAGCUAUUCCACCUGCUCUUGGGGGUUUAUCUAGAUGGGAACCCUCCUGGGAAACCCCAGACUGCAGCAGGAGGUGGAGACCUGGAGAUGGCAGCAGUGGACCUCCUAAAUCGGCACGGCGAGGUGUUCGAUGCAGUUCGGGUCCUGCACAUGCUCCCUGAAGGCUGGUCACUGCAGCUGCUGCGGCCCUUUCUGGGUCGAGCCAUCAGGGCCAGUAUGCAUGCCUGCCGCACCUCCCAGAUCGCUAUGGGGCUAGCCCACUCUGAAAACCGUCAACUGCUGCAUGACCGGCUGAAAGACCGCAAGAAACCAAUCUUUGUGUCAGAAAAGAAAGGAUGCCACCUGUGCCACAACACCUUCAGUGAGCCUGACGUGGUGUGUCUGCCAGGCGGAGUGCCUGUCCAUACCCACUGUGUCGCCCAGAGAGUAAGAGACUCUCCCACAAAGAGACAGUUAACAAAUAGCAGUAGCCAUACGUGAGACUUGACCCUUCAUAUUGCCACGUGAUCUGUGAUCAGAGGCACCGAACGAAAGCAGGACGUGCUGAGGACUGUGGGGAUAACAAAAAAAGCACAGAACACCCAUUGCCAUAGUAGAGUCUGCUAUGGAGCUGAUUAGAAACACAAAGAAAGCUGUGCGUGUGAGUGUGUGUGUGUUGUCGGAGUGUGAGGUUGAAACGGAUGAUUUCAUCUAUUUAUUCCUGUUAUGCAUUCAUACCACUCUGUCAGACUGCAAGUUCUCAAUAGAAGUUAGGCCCCGUUCAGAGCUGGCAUUGGCUUGUGAGAUGAUGGCUUGGUCUGCUGUCUCCCUGACGCAGGUGAUUAUUUGCUUAUAGAGCAAAGAAGUGAGAUGCGGUCACCCGAGAAGCAUUUUAAUGCCAGGUGUGAACUGACGGGUUAGAGCCGUCCACUUGUGAUGGGAUCACCUAAGACGCAUGUUGGCGCCAGGCCUGAACGGGGACUAGGAAACAACGGCUUAAGUCACCCGGCCUUUUAAUCCAUUUACACAAAGAAGUAAUCAAAGACAGACUCCUGGGCUUUCCAAUGGGUCCAGGGCAGUACGGUCAUCAUCUGAGAAACUACUUGACCUACAGAACACAAUAUUUGAAACCGUUUUGCAAAUAUUUGCGAAGCAUGCAUAGUAUUACCACUCUUACCGUUCUGGUCUCAUCACCUCAUAUGGGUAUUGUAAUAAAAUUGCCUAACUUGCACAUUGCAAUGCUAGGUUUUAAUGUGAAGUACUACAAAGAUCAGUACUGAUGGAAACUGAGUCUUUUAUGUCUGUCUUUUACUCUGUGGGAUCUGGUCUCACUGCUGCUUUAUUUCCCCCGCAACUAUAAGAGCACUGGACGUUGUAUUCACAGCAAUUCAGUCCAACGGUUUGAUCCAAACCUAUUAGUUAUGGUUUGAAACUCUGUGGUGCAACAACAGUGUAAGACACUACAUGAAAUCUCACAUGCUCCUCUACUCAUCAAUGUGUGUGACUGGGGAGUCGAUACUCAAACUGGAGGACCAAUCAGAUUGUCUCUCUAAAACGUGCACAAAUCAGAUAAUAUACACUGAUCACAUGUCAUGGACGCAUUGUGAAACGUGACGGCAAACGUUACGACUCAGAUAUAAGUGAUGUGUAGCGUAUCGUCAAAUCAUGUUAAUUCAAGCUCCAUAAUUUCUGUCUGGUUUUGAGUAACGAAGGAAUAAAUCAAGAGGGAUCUUUUCCGCUCG